AUGUACCCAUCCCUACUUGGGCCUGCCUGUUUCAUGUCUCUUGGCAGCACUAUUGAAUCAAAGACCAAAGGCAUCUGGAUGUGGUGUGUCCCUCACCCUAAUAAAAAAGGACACACAUUGGUGCUGCUGGACACAGAGGGACUUGGCGAUGUGGAUAAGGGGGAUGAGAAACAUGACACAUGGAUCUUCUGUCUGGCAGUUCUUCUCAGCAGUACUCUAGUGUACAACAGCUUAGGGGUCAUUGACAACACGGCACUGGAAAAGCUGCAUUACAUUACAGAGCUGACGGAGAACAUUCGUGUGAAGGCAGGAGUGAGUCAAGACGAGGAUGUGUGUAAAGAUUUCAUGCAUGUUUUUCCAUCAUUUGUCUGGGCUGUUCGUGACUUUACUUUGGAACUAAUUAAAGCUGAUAAACCAAUAACAUCAGACGAAUAUCUGGAAAGUGCACUGGAAUUAAAACAAGGUUAUUCAAGUCAGAUUGAAAGGAAUAACCUGCCCCGUCGCUGUCUUCGCAAUUUCUUUGCGGUGAGGAACUGCUUUGUUUUUCCUCGACCAGCUAGUACACAAAACAUGAGAAGAAUGGAGGAAGUGACCAAGAAAGAACUGGAUUCAGAAUUCCUUGAGCAGGCAAAAACCUUCUGUUGUUAUAUCUACAACAAUGCAGAGCCAAAAACAGUCAAUGGAGGCCGUAUAAUUACAGGAACAGUUUAG